AUGAUGGGAGACUUAAAAACAUUGCCAAGUUGGACAGUCUACUUCAAUAAUAUUCAAGGCAGUGAAUUAAGUACGAUGACAAACAAUCAGAAAAUUGGUUCAUUAUGUGUUGUAACCCGUCUUGCAUCAAUUGGUGAUAGAUUUUCAAGACUUUGUUCGAUGGGUUUGGGUUAUUCUAGCAAUUAA